GUCACGGGGCAAGAUGGCGGCGCCCUUGCGCGUCGCGGAGUAGCUGGUGCGCGUCGCGCGUUCCUUCCCGCCGCCGCGCCGACCUGAAGGGUCUUUGGCGGGUCUUUCUGUCCGGCCUCGGGAUGUUGCCGCUCAGGCGCGGCUGGCGCCGCCUCGCCGCUCCCCCGGACCCCCGGACGUGGCUGCGGUGCGCGAGGGGCGAGGUGACCUCGGCGGCCGCCGCCGGCGCUGACCCCUCCAGCGCUUCCAAGUACGACGUCGUCGUGAUCGGCGGUGGCCACGCCGGCACUGAAGCGGCGGCGGCGGCGGCGAGGGUGGGAGCCCGUACCCUGCUCGUCACGCACAAGGUGGACACCAUAGGGCAAAUGUCAUGCAACCCUUCCUUUGGUGGAAUCGGAAAAGGACAUCUGGUCAGGGAAGUGGACGCACUGGAUGGGCUCUGCGCACGAAUCUGUGAUCGGUCGGGAGUGCAUUACAAAGUGCUAAAUAAAUGCAAGGGACCGGCCGUCUGGGGUCUCCGAGCCCAGAUUGACAGAGAGCUCUAUAAAGAGCACAUGCAGAAAGAAAUUCUCCAAACCCCACUUCUUACAGUUUGUGAAGCUUCUGUGGAAGAUCUUCUACUGACAGACCCAGAAUCGGAUCAUCCGGGCAAAUGUUGUGUCAAUGGAGUCGUGUUGGAAGACGGACGGAGAGUGCAUGCUGGGAGUGUUGUUUUGACGACGGGAACAUUUCUGAGGGGCAUGAUCCUAAUUGGAUUGGAAAUGCAUCCUGCCGGGCGGAUGGGAGACAAGCCCUCCGUCGGCCUUGCUCAGACUCUGGAGAAACUUGGAUUUACCAUAGGAAGGUUAAAGACUGGAACUCCACCCCGACUGGUGAAAGACUCUAUUGACUUCAGUGUCCUCGAGAGGCACCACGCUGACAGCUCCCCUGUGCCGUUCAGCUUCCUUAGUGAAUCUGUGUGGAUUAAGCCAGAAGAUCAGCUGUCAUGUUACCUGACGCACACAAACCCCAAAGUGGAGAAAAUCAUCCUUGAGAACCUUCACCUGAACAACCACGUCAGAGAGACAACAAGAGGACCCCGGUACUGUCCCUCACUAGAGUCAAAAGUUCUGCGUUUUCCAAAUCGCGCACAUCAGGUCUGGCUUGAGCCUGAGGGUCUGGAUUCCAACGUCAUCUACCCGCAGGGAAUAUCUCUGACGUUGCCAUCUGAGAUCCAGGAGGAGCUCAUCACCCAUAUUAAGGGCCUGGAAAAAGCAAAAAUGGUACAGCCAGGCUAUGGAGUGCAAUAUGAUUUUCUAGACCCACGUCAGCUGACCGCCUCGCUUGAGUCUCGCCUCAUCCAGAGGCUCUUCUUUGCAGGGCAGAUAAAUGGCACAACAGGCUACGAAGAGGCUGCAGCUCAGGGUGUGGUUGCUGGAAUCAAUGCCGGUCUGCGGGUCACCGGGAAACCUCCAUUUAUUGUCAGCCGCACGGAGGGGUACAUUGGCGUUCUCAUUGACGAUCUCACUACUCUGGGCACCAGCGAGCCGUACCGCAUGUUCACCAGCCGAGUGGAGUUUCGGAUGUCUCUGCGGCCAGAUAACGCUGACAGCAGACUCACCUUCCGAGGCUAUAAUGAAGCUGGCUGUGUGUCUCAAAAGCGGUAUGAGCAAGCAUCUUGGAUGAAAGCAGGGUUAGAAGAAGGACUUGAAAUGCUGAAAUCUAUUCAGUUCAGCAAUGCGAAAUGGGCCCAGCUCAUACCAGAGAUUACAAUCAGUGACAGUCGUAGCUCUCCUUGCAGUGCCCUGGACAUCCUUCAGUACCAGGGGGCCAAUAUGGAGAUUUUGUCACGAGCUGUCCCAGGGCCUCUGAAAAAGUUUGCUGAAUGGAGACAACUGGCAGAAAGGCUAAAAAUAGAAGCUGUUUAUGAAUGGCAUGUGUCUGUUCAGAGGUUGGAAAUAGAGGAAGUGCGUCAGGAUGAGGCUCUUCAGCUGCCAGAAGAUCUGAAUUAUUUUGCCAUUACUGCAUCACUAUCUCAGGAAGUGCGAGAGAAACUGGACUCCCAUCGUCCCCAGACGGUAAGGUGCUGGUAGAGGGAGUUUGCUGAAUGCAGGGAUCCUGUGGCUUUCCAGAUGUUGCCAGACUCCCAACUCCUACCAGUGCUAGCCAUUGUGGCCAUGAAUUGUAGUCAAGCAACCCAGCAUUAAUGUGUAGGGGCUAGCUAUUAAAAUGUACCUUGAAAGCAUUAGUCAUUUCCAAAGGCACUGUUGUAAAAAUUGAGUAAGCAGGAGGUUCGCUAGCUCUGCCUUUAGACUGAAUCUUCAACUUUGUCAGCUACAUGGAAAGUGCUAAGAGAAUUCCAGUCCUAAGUUGAGAAAUAAAAUGUGUGGAAAAAGCAGGGGAAGCAUUUCACAAAAGUGUUCCUGGCCUUAUUAAAAAUUAGGAAAGUAAAAUCAUCAAGGGAGAUUUAGAAAAAAACACUGAACUUGGUGGCUUUUUAUUUUUUAAGCCCAUUUCUGUGCCAAUAUAUAAUUAUGUAUAAUUUAUAAUCUAUGAAUAAUAUUAUGUAUCAUUAGCAUAGACACGCUGAAAAUAUGGUAAAGUUUGCCUGCCUUUUUGAUUUCACCUGUUUUGUUCUCUUAUCAGAAUGCUUCAGACUAGCUUGUGUCUUUUUCCAGUUUGAACAUGCAAGGCAGUCCCCCCACCCCAGGCUUUAAAGUCAUAAAAUGUAUUCCUUUGUGCACACCAACAAAAAAGGCUACCAUUGUAUGCAUAGGAGGCAGUGUGGCAUAAUGGGUAAGAGACAUUCUGGAGUCAAAUGUGGCCAAACUUCCACAAACCUUUCUGCACCAACACCACUCCUCCAUCUGCAAUAUGGGGAUAGUAAUACUGACAGGCUUUGUAAUCAUUUAAGUCAUUUUAGCAGUAAAAAAAUGCAUAAUGGUGUGGUUUUAGACACGUGCACAAAUGCUGAACCAUAGCUGUGAACACUGUAUGUUGAGUUAUAAUGCUGAAGACAAUGGAAUAUAAUCUAUCAAGAGCUUCCAUGAAAAAACAAACUCAGCAGUGCUCAUUUUUAAUGGUGGCUAGAAAGUUAAAAUUCCCACAUCCAGAACAGGAAGGGUAUAAGAGAGGGAGGAGUUAUGUUGCACAAAUGGAAAUAAUUGCAUUGGCAGUAGGACUUUGUUGGGAGUUUGCUCAUCCACUUGACUGUUCAGUCUUCAGUGAUGACCUGUUGGUCCCAAGUGGUAAGAUAUGCAGGGAAGAUUUUACUGUGUGUUUGUUUAAUCUCUUCAAUGUAACAUACCACAUGAAGGGGAGGCGGAAAGACUCUGGCGUUACAAUUCUUACAGUAGGCAAUCUCACCUUCCUGUUGCUGUUUCUAGAUUGGCGCUGUCAGCCGCAUCCCUGGAGUUACACCUGCUGCUGUUCUAAAUCUACUGAGGUUUGUGAAG